AUGGGUUGGGCAGAAGACACCAAACUUCGCGAUCCUUACAUCUUUGUCAAGUCUGACGAUUUCUUCCAGGGUAUCGACUCAAGUGGAUCCAACGUCAAGCGACCCCGCACCGUCACCUUCGCUCAAGAUGAUCAACUUCUAAGCGACGGAAAACCCAACCCUGCGUGUUCCCACGGUCGUGUCUUUCGCUUUGACGAUGAAUCGCUUCUUUUGGUUCAGUUUAUGAGACCCAAGGUUUGGCAGAUUCGUUUCGACCCAAAUAACCGAAGCGGUGAUGACUUUACCGACUUCAACACGCGAACCAUUGUCAAGGACACUCUUGGUGGCUCUGGUGGUCUCAUCCAGACUCUUGAUAGCCUUGAGAACAUUCAAUGGGAUGUUGAACUCGUCCAAGAUGCGCAGUACAUCAUCCUUCAAUCUGUCCUGAAACCCAACCGUGAAGUUCAGCUUCAAAUAUGGAUCCAGCGAGACCCUUUCCAGAUUACGGUUGUUCGCGUCCUCGAAAGCAACCCCCCUGCAGAAAGACUUCCCGGUCUACAGAGCGUCGAUCCCCAAAUUUCUGAACAGCUCAAACUUCCAGGGAACAAGGGUGCACAGGCUGCCAUCAUUUGGAAGACUCGACCCAGGGGAUUGCAGUACACUGAACGAGCCACAAUACUGUCCAUUGAAAAGUCUGUCACUGCCGACUUUAUGGGUUUCGGUGAGCAAGGUGGGAAGAACCUGUUCAAGAAGAAGACAUACAUGAACUACUUUAAUUUUGACAAUAUGAGGUAUCAGAAUGUCUAUGGAAAAGGACCUCAUGAUGACCGCGAACCUUUGUAUCAUUCAGAGCCAUUCUGGAUCGAGGUCGAUUCUCAUCCCGGCUAUCGAUCUCAGGUCUCCACAUUCAUCGACAACUACUCCCACAUCUGUGUAGACGUCGGUGUCAAGGAUACAGGCGUUAUUCGCGUCGCGACUCGGUUCAACAGCUUUCGCGCCAUCAUGGUUGCUGCAGACAGCAUGCAGGACCUCAUUUCUUCUUACACGUCUAUCGUCGGAAAGCCUCGGCUCAAGCCCCGAUACGUUCUUGGCUACCAUCAAGCAUGCUAUGGCUAUGACAGCCAAGAAUCGGUUCUGGAGUCAGUCGCCGAGUAUCGCAAGUGCGGCUUCCCAAUUGACGGUAUGCACAUCGACGUCGACAUGCAGGAUGAUUACCGGACAUUCACCAUCGACAAGCGAGACAAACAUUUCCCUGACCCUGUUCACAUGUUCAAGACUCUGAGAGAGCAGGGUGUUAAAUGCAGCACCAACAUCACUCCCUACAUCAGCUCCAUGCCCAGUGAUACCUAUUCAACCCUCAGCGAGGGUUUGAAAGAGGGCCACUUCAUCAAAGAUGAUCGUGACGUUGAUCCGUCGGCUCCAAACGUGUGGGACCAGCGCUAUGUGGGAUGGUCUGUAGGAAAUCAGAUGCUCAUCAAUCCCAACACGCAGAAGCCACCUUACUUUGAAGAGGACAAGUCAAACUUUGGAGACAACUUCAACAGCCAGAAGCCCUUCCAUGGUGGUGUGUUCUAUGGUUGGGGAAAUGGCCAUCCUGGUCACUAUCCCAACCUGAACAACCAAGACGUUCGAAAGUGGUGGGGCAAGCAGUAUCAGUAUCUCUUUGAGUGCGGACUUGAUUUUGUCUGGCAGGACAUGACUGGUCCUUGCAUCGCCGAGCAAUACGGUGAUAUGAAAGGCUACAACCUGCACAAAGCCACGUACCAUGGCUUGAACAACAUCCACAAACUCAGUCCCGCUCUGGAAUGGCGUGAGAACAGACGAAACUUCAUCAUCGGUCGUGGAAGCUUCGUCGGCAGUCACCGUUUCGCUGGUCUAUGGACAGGCGAUAACGCAUCUACUUGGGAGUUCCUCGACAUAUCUGUCGCCCAGGUUCUUGCUCUUGGAAUGUCGGGUAUCACCAUCUCGGGCCAGGAUGUUGGUGGAUUCGAGUUCAUUGAUUCUGAGCGUGACUUUGCAAACCCAGAACUGCUUAUCCGUUGGUACUCUGCCUACUCUCUACUGCCGUGGUUCAGAAACCACUACACCAAGAGACGAGACUGGGUUGAUGGUCCGAGGCAGGGCUCGAUGAGGAAAGAUGGAAAGUUGUUUCAAGAACCUUAUGCCUAUCAGAAAUACUAUGAGGAGAACAGCUGGAAGCUGCAGGGACAGGAAGGCAUCAUCUACCGCGCAGUCCUUCCAGUCUGUCGCUACCUCAUUCGUCUGCGGUACAGUUUGAUGCAAUUGUUGUACGAUGCUAUGUUUGAGAACAUGGUUACUGGACUGCCAAUCGCAAGAGCCAUGUCUAUUCAGCGCCGACGAUUUACCCGCAGCCAGUACAUGGUCCGAAACGACCUCCUCGUCGCACCAGCCUUAAUACCCGAGUCCAAGCGUCGCACCCGCAAACUGUACCUACCGUAUCCUGACAAGUGGUUCACCAUGAACUUGCGUCCAGACGAGGACCUUGGAGCUGCACUGAUUGAACCUGCCAAUGGUGGAAGCAGAGUCGAGUACGAUUGCCGCAUCAGCGACCAGGAUUCUCAGCUACCCUACAUAACACCGACGUAUAUCCGGGAGGGUGGUAUCAUUCCCAAGGUCAAAGUCCGAGACUACAUCCCCGAUCCUUCACUUCCAGUGCAGGAUGCCAACCCAAUUACACUGCACGUUUACCCUGGGAAGGACAAUAACUACAUCAUGUACCUGGAUGAUGGUAUCUCGCGAGACAGUGCUCCUGUUGUGGGACCGGGUCUCAAUAUCAGCGAUGAAAAGGCUGCCAACAAAUAUUGCCAAGUCAACAUUUCUCAGACAACUAAAUCCUUCAACGAAUCAACCGGGGUCAAGUUUAUCCGCAACGUCACCAUUAAGUCUCCGUUCAACGGCUUCGGUGAUCUGACCUCCAUGAUCGGAACUGACUACACAGUUGCGCUUUGGCAUGCGCCUUUGGUCGACAUCACCAGUGCACAGGUCAACUCGUCCAACAGCAAUGUCACUUCCAGUACUGAUAACAACUCGCGCGUUACAGUUGUCAAGCUUCCUGUUGCUGAAGCGCAUACUGAGGAUGGUGUGGCGUUUCAAAUGACCUACAGUGAGGUCAAGUAG